GUCGCGGCGCGACGUGGCUCUUCGUGCUCCUCUCGAAGAAGACGACGACGACGACAACGACGUGGAUCGCUUUCUGUCGCUCGGCAUACUCGGCGAACAUGAGAAUGCGAAUCGGCGACGCUCAAUUCGGAUGACGAAGACCGAGCAAACGGAGGACAUGUCUGGCGGCGAAGUACGAAGCGGAAGUUGACGGGGACGAGAGAGACGAAGACGGUAGACUCUCCUGGGGACAGGGACAUGUUCCUCGACUUGCGGAGAUGACCGAACGCUCGAUGGUGUCUGCGUGACAGGUGGUCCUAACGUCUCCACGACAUCCUUGGUACGGAGAAGCUUGAUCGACGGGAAGCGUUGCCUUAGUCCUGCGGGGAUGCGGGCCCGCGGAAUCUUCUACCUCGAAAAUUCGUGAUAUAUCUUUUAUACGUAUCUUCUAUAAGGACUGCUUCGAGAGACCUAGAUAUAAAGGCGAUCCUGCCGUAGCUUCGACACGCUUGAGCGAUUUGAGUGAGUAAACAAGCUCUUGGAAGCUUGGCGCAAAUUUAACGGAGUAAGCUUCGCGGAUGCAAGCUGACUGCAAAACGAUAGACAAACUUGAGUAACCACGAGAAGGAUUACUCGAGAAUAUUUUUACGAAUCGUUACAUGCGAUUCCCGUUUAUCUCGCGAGUUCAAAAUACAAUUAAAGGCAGCUGCGCGACGAUUUACUAACAGCUGCGACAACAUCGAUCUAAGGGGUGAUCGUGGUGGAUCGUUGAAUGGUUCACGCUGUCGUCCGAAGUGCCAGAGUCAACUGUGGAAGACGCGGGGGUGGCGGAGACGAGGGAGGGUGGUGCGGUUGUCGUCAUAGUCGAUGGUAGUCGUGCCGGUCGAGAGAGCAGCUGCGACGGUAAUAGUCGUAACACUAACAGCAGCUGCAGUAGUAGUAGUAGUAGUAGUAAUAAUAGUAGUACGAGCAGCGACAGUGGUAUUAUCGGUGGUGGUGGUAGUGUCAUUGUCGGUGAUAGUGAAGGUGGUAGUGUCGGUGGAGGACCGUCGCGCAGGGGUGGCUCGUCGCGACUUAUAACAAAGGGACCGGUGGAGGGCCUGGCAAGCAGCAGCAGGGUGGCCGCGCGAGUGCACCCGAGUUGGGGAACGGGCGCGAGAGGGGUGGGUCCCUCUGCACCCUCAGGACCGAGGGGAUGUCCCGCGGCCGACGACGUGCCCGGUCGCAACGUCGCCGUCGGCGCCACGACGCGGAAUCGCCGGCCGAUGGGCACCAAUCUUACUAAGCAGAGCAGGAGGGAGGCCACGCAACGAGAUGUGGAACGAGAACGCCGGCAGCGGAUGGAGGCCGAAGUUCGGGUACGCGAGGCUACGGCUGAGGCUGAAAGAGCGCGCUCGAGAGUCCAUCAUCUUCAGAGAGAACUGGCCAGGAUGGAGGAGUCGUCGCGGAGUUUGCUGCAACAGAAGCACCGGGCCGAACAGCUGAAGCAGGAGAAAACGGCGCUCACCCUGUCCUACGAAGCGCGCGUGCACCAGUACCAGGCGCAGAUAUCGAAGCUGCAGCUGGAGAACGAGUCGAUGCGAGGUCAGCUGCGCGGUCUCGAGGCAGCAUGCGCCGGUGAAGUGCAUGCCACGCUGGUGGCACGAUUGGCGACCCUCGAGACGGAGCACGCGGCCCUGGCACGGGACGCCGACGCCCAGCGUCGGCAAUACGAGCGGUGCCUGGACGACGUCGCCAACCAGGUGGUCCGCGCUCUCCUAUCCCAAAAGGGUCUCAGGGAAGAAAUAGGCGCAUUGCAGAGACGUAUACGAGAGCUUGAGGCUCAGAAUCGAGCGCUGUCAGGACUCCUGGCGCAGGCUGCCAGUCCUGGAAGCCCUACCGAACUUAUACAAGGAAUCCUCGAGGCUGGCCCGGCCGCCCUAGUCGCCGCCCUGGGUUUGGAUCCUGCCUGGGUCCCUCUCUCGAGGCCGCGUUCCCUCAACUUGCAGAUACCCGUGAUGGCAGCCACUAAGUGCCGACGCAGCAGGCCUCUUGCACAAAAACCGUCAGAAGAGGAGGGUAGCGAAAGCCCAGAGAGCGGUAAUCGCGACGAGGGCUAUUCGACCAUGUCGAGCGACGUCCAGGGUGAAGGCACGCGUCAGGAACCGUCCGCGCGCGGUCUUGAAGAUCUGAAAGAAGCCACCGACGAGACCGAGGCUGACGUGUCGCCGGACGCGCGUCUUGUUGCUCUCGACACUGGCGAUCCGGACGUUCUUUUCCUACCUCUGAAUCUCACCGUAGGCAUCAAUCCACGUCAUAGCUAUCCACCGACUAAAGAUCUACUACCCUAUCAACAUGUAAUGCGCAGCUUCUCAGACAGCCACCUCUGUCUUAAGCUCACCACCACCGCUAAUUUUACACCGUACAAGCUACCCAGUCCUAUGGGUUCAUCUUCCCUUUUGUUAGUGGAGGAGGAAGGCUGGGACGCCGAGUACGUGCAACAAUGGCUCAGGCUCGACGAUAGUAGAAGCGCGCAACAGCACCGAGAUCUACUCGAAUUGGAGUACGACAGGGCGGAGUUGGAGGAUUGGAGUUUCUCUCUGUCCACGGAGGAUCUCGUACAAAAUGAAUCCGCAAUGUGGAAGGAGCAACCGGCUACUACAAAUACGCCCGCCCUGCCAGCAAUCAAGGAGCAUAAUCUCGUAGAAUUGGAGGAGGACGCGAACGAGUGUCUGUGGAACGGUGCGAGUUAUCUCGCUGACAGGGCCGGGGGAGAGCUGGUUGCGCUUUUAAUGGAUGCGAGGGCGAACGGACCCUGGCCAUAUGCCUCAAGUCCUGGUGCAUCCUGGAGCAGUGAAGAAGGUGCUUUGGAGAAUUCGAGCAAGCGUUCGUCAGCUGCGCUCUCUGGCUGCAGCGACGAUCCCGAUACUCCAUCGAUCGGCACGGAUUUCACUAGAGACUUCUAUCGAUUAGUAAAGUUUGAAAGUACCAAAAGCCUGGCUAGCACGUCAUCCAGGAGUGGUAGACCGCCACCGGAUAGGGAACAAGCACUUCAGAGCGUUCUAUCUUUUAUCGCCGAACAACAGAUGUACCUCGCAGAGUUACCGAAUAAUCCCGUAGAACCGCACAAUGUGUCUCACUCGACCGAAGAAAUGGACACUAAUAAAAAUGAUUCAAUGGGAGAAACGAAAAUCACAGAGCUAGAAGGAUCGUCUGUUCAGGAGAAUACUGGAAAUGCAAUUGAAACGAGCAACAACGACGAGUUGCUUGAUCAAAUACAGGUACCACCGUUGGCACCAGAAGAGAGAAUUGUAAGUGCCGUGUCGUGCAAUGGCGGUAUUUCGUAUACAACAGUAGCUCCAUCGGAAUUGGGAGCCGUUCCCGAGGAAGACGAAGAGGCGGCGACUUCUUCUACACCUAGUACAGUUGUCAGUCCAGCACGAGCAACGCUUCUCGUGGAGGGUAGAGAUCGAACAUUGAGCUUCCAUGAACGUGCUACGUCCAAGGAUGUUAUAGAUGAAUUAAAUCGCAUGAUUCGAAAGGGCGAAGAUAAUACUAAUAAUGCUAAUAAUGAGUCGCAAGUACAUCUUGAAAAACUGGAUCUCGCUUGCUGCUGUCCAACCGGAUGGGUUCACGUUGAACGUGACAUUGACUUCACCGACCCUAAGGCCAGAGCAAAUCUCUUAGACGUGAUGUUAGCAAGCAGUGAAAGUUCCUCGGCGACAUCGAGCAGCGGUUCGGCAGGCAGUGACUCGGGGGAUGAACCACCUGAUUAUCGCCACUUACACAGAUUACAUCGGUACCGACGACAAAAGAAAGCGUCGGCGGCUCAGGCGCAUCGCGUUCUCCGGCUACCGUCCACUUGGGGCUCAUCCCGGCCAUCGAUCAUCGGUCGCGGCGAUGAUUUCUUCGUGCGUUAUGGGGACAAGGAGCGCGAGGCGGUGGCCUCAUUUGACUUCCUCGAUGAGUUCGUUGCGGCGACGAUGACGACGGCGACGGUUCCCUCUUCCUCGCUUGGUUCGGACGGCAGCCCUCUUGACCUGGACGAUGACGCGCCGUCUACCGAUCUCAACAGCGACAUCAUGAAGCUCUCGCCACUCUAGGAACAACAACCUCGAAACAACAGCGAUGGCGGAUCGGUUUUGUAGAGCUCGCGAAAAUUUUUAUCUGGAAGCUCUUCCUGGCUGUGAUGUCCUCGUUCAACUUGCAAAUCUAACUCUGUUUUGAUCUUUUUAUUUUAAUUCUUUUUCUGUUUGUUUUUGUUCCUUUUUAUCCUUUUA